GUAAACCUAUAAAGGUUUUUAAAUGUGAUGUAUGUGAUAAAGGGUUUAAUCAACUUUGUUAUCUACGGGUCCACACGAGAACACAUACGAGUGAAAAACCUUAUAAAUGUGGUGUAUGUGAUAAAGGGUUUAGUCAGCUUAGUAAUCUACGGGUCCACAUGAGAACACAUACUGGUGAAAAACCUUAUAAAUGUGAUGGAGUAACCUUACAGAGUCACAUGAAAACACACACUGGUGAUAAUUCUUAUAAAUGUGAUGUGUGUGGUAAAGGAUUUAAUAAAAAAUGUCACAUAAAAACACACACGAGAAUACACACUGGUGAUAAACCUUAUAAAUGCGAUGUGUGUGGAAAAGGAUUUAAUCAAAAAGGUCACUUAAAAACACACAUGAGAUUACAUACUGGUGAUAAAACGAAUAAAUGUGACGUAAGCGCGAAAGAGUUUAGUAAGAGUAAGAACUUGAGGUCUCACUUGAGUUCACACAAUGAUGAUAAACCUUUUAAAUGUGAUGUUUGUUGUAAAGGGUUUCACCAGAGAUUGACCUUACUGACACACAUGAUAACACACAACGGGACUAAACCUUAUACAUGUGAUGUAUGUAGUAAAUCAUUUCGUAGUUUUCAACCCUUACAAACGCACAUGAGAAUACACACUGGUGAUAAACCUUUUAAAUGCGAUGUGUGUGGAAAAGGAUUUAAUCAAAAAGGUUACUUACAAACACACAUGAGAUUACAUACUGGUGAUAAACCUUUUAAAUGUGGUUUAUGUUAUAAAUGUUUUACACAGAAUAUAAAUUUACAGAGUCACAUGAAAAAACACACUUGUAUUUAGACACGCACUUACAAUUAUCUACUGU